AUGAGCAGCCUCCCCGCCGACCGGGAGGGCGGCCCCGCCGACACCGGCCUGCCCGAGGAGGAGGUGAGGACGCUCUUCGUCAGCGGGUUGCCUCUGGACAUCAAGCCCCGGGAACUUUACCUGCUCUUCAGGCCCUUUAAGGGGUACGAAGGGUCUCUCAUCAAACUCACCUCCAAGCAGCCCGUGGGCUUCGUCAGCUUCGACAGCCGCUCCGAGGCGGAGGCGGCGAAGAACGCGCUGAAUGGCAUCCGCUUCGACCCCGAGAUCCCCCAGACGCUGCGGCUGGAGUUCGCCAAGGCGAACACCAAGAUGGCCAAGAGCAAGCUGGUGGGCACCCCCAACCCCAGCACGCCUCUCCCCACCGCCGUACCUCAGUUCAUCGCCCGGGAGCCCUAUGAGCUCACAGUGCCUGCACUUUACCCCAGUAGCCCUGAAGUGUGGGGGCCGUACCCUCUGUACCCAGCGGAGUUAGCACCUGCUCUACCUCCUCCUGCUUUCACCUAUCCUUCGCUGCACGCCCAGGAGCGUCCAAGUCCCCACAACGCAGGGCUGACUGAGUCUCCCUUUUUCAGCCCGGAAAACACGGACUUUGGGGGGUUUAGCCUGCGUGCCCGGGUCUGA